AUGCAGACGAUACAAGAGGAUAUCGAUGCUAUCAUACCGUACAGCAUGCACGUAUCCUCGCGGUACCUCGACUUGACGAAGCAGAAACUCGGACUCACCCGACUACCCAAGGAAAUCGAGACGUUGAGUCAAGAGGAGCAGUGGACGCUCGGUGCUCCGAAGAGUGUGCUUGAGCCACUGCUGGACCACUGGCUAGAAACAUACGACUGGCGCGGCUCAGAAUCCGCUUUCAACACCACACUCCCACAAUUCCGUACGCUCAUACCUUUGCCUCCCGGUAGAGACGGCAAUGACAAGAAGCCCAUCCGCACACACUUCGUCCACGCCCGCUCGCCACACCAUACCGCCAUCCCCCUCCUCUACUGCCACUCCUGGCCAGGCAGCUUCAUUGAAGUUCAACGCAUCAUCGACCUCUUGACACACCCGAAAGAAGAGGGUGAGCUGACAUUCCACCUCGUAUGCCCCAGCAUCCCUGGCUUCGGCUUCAGCGAUGCGAGCGAAGACCCCGACUUUGGUGUGCACGGGGCGGCUGAAGUAUUUGCUGGUCUCAUGCGACGGCUGGGGUACGAGAAGUAUGCCGUGUGUGGAGGGGGAUGGGGGUUCGAUGUUGCGAGGGCGUUGGCGGUGAGGGAGAGCGAGAGGGUGUUGGGAGUGUUUACGUGGAAUCCGGUGUUUUGUGCGCCGACGGUUAGGGGAAAGCCGUGGGAGUGGGUGAAGUGGCACUUGGCACGGUUGACGGGGGCGAGAUGGGCGAGUUUGAGUUUUGGGUAUGUCCCCUCUGAAGUGGAUCUGCCUGCAGUGCAGGGUCGGGGGACAGUCGGGGGAUGGCCGCUUGGACCGGUGAUGCAUCAGCUGUUUUCCAUGCGUCCGCAGACGCUGGCAUUCUCGCUGUGCGAUUCGCCGGUGGGACUGCUGGCGGUCCUGUUGGAUCUCGUAGCAACACAAGGGCCGGGCCCGUUAUUAAGUAUAAGGCCACGGUCUCCGUUCCUGGAUCCUGGUGAGCUGGAGAUGCAGGACCGCGAGUACGAGGCAGCUGGACACGAGCGUUUGCACGCUGCUAUACUAUACUUUCUUAGUAUGCUGACUUCCUCCAGGAUGUGGCUUCCAGGUGCCGAAGCUGGACUUCGCUGGCUGCGCAGAGCCCAUAUCGAGGCUCUGGCGACGAGCUGGGACGACUACUGCUCUGUACCUCUAGGUAUCAGCAGCUUUCGAACGCACGCAACCACGACACCGCUGAUGUGGGGUGCUGCAUCGUGGCCGGUUGCAUGGGUCAGGAGGCACCAAGAGACUGCCGAGAUGCCGGGUUGGGAGGCACCGAGGCAAUUGACAGACGAUCUAAGAGAGUGCUUUGGUCGACUGCUGGACGGUCGAUUGGAGACUAAGUCUUCCGAGAUGAUGGUUUAA